AUGCCUGAAGAAAAAGAAGAGACGACUGAAACAGAAGGAAUCAAACUGAAACUGAAGGUGCUACCACUGAAGAAGAAAAAGAAACAACUGAGCAAACAGAGCACCCUGAAUCUGAAGGUACCACGCCUGAAGAAAAAAGAGAGGACGACUGAACAGAAGGUUACAACAGCUGGAGAAGAGAAAGAACCAACAGAGCAUCCUGAACUGAAGGUACUACUACUGGAAGAAGAGGAAUCAACUGAAACUGAAGGUGCUACCACUGAAGAAGAAAAGAAACAACUGAAGCAACAACAGAGCACCCUGAAUCUGAAGAGAAGAGAAAGAACCAACAGAGCAUUCCUGAAACUGAAGGUACUACUACUGGAGAAGAGGAAUCAACUGAAACUGAAGGUGCUACCACUGAAGAAGAAAAAGAAACAACUGAAGCAACAACAGAGCACCCUGAAUCUGAAGGUACCACGCCUGAAGAAAAAGAAGAGACGACUGAAACAGAAGGUACAACAGCUGGAGAAGAGAAAGAACCAACAGAGCAUCCUGAAACUGAAGAGCACCCUGAAUCUGAAGGUACCACGCCUGAAGAAAAAGAAGAGACGACUGAAACAGAAGGUACAACAGCUAGAGAAGAGAAAGAACCAACAGAGCAUCCUGAAACUGAAGGUACUACUACUGGAGAAGAGGAAUCAACUGAAACUGAAGGUGCUACCACUGAAGAAGAAAAAGAAACAACUGAAGCAACAACAGAGCACCCUGAAUCUGAAGGUGCCACGCCUGAAGAAAAAGAAGAGACGACUGAAACAGAAGGUACAACAGCUAGAGAAGAGAAAGAACCAACAGAGCAUCCUGAAACUGAAGGUACUACUACUGGAGAAGAGGAAUCAACUGAAACUGAAGGUGCUACCACUGAAGAAGAAAAAGAAACAACUGAAGCAACAACAGAGCACCCUGAAUCUGAAGAGCAUCCUGAAACUGAGGGUACUACUACUGGAGAAAAGGAAUCAACUGAAACUGAAGGUGCUACCACUGAAGAAGAAAAAGAAACAACUGAAGCAACAACAGAGCACCCUGAAUCUGAAGGUACCGCGCCUGAAGAAAAAGAAGAGACGACUGAAACUGAAGGUACAACAGCUAGAGAAGAGAAAGAACCAACAGAGCAUCCUGAAACUGAAAGUACUACUACUGGAGAAGAGGAAUCAACUGAAACUGAAGGUGCUACCACUGAAGAAGAAAAAGAAACAAGUGAAGCAACAACAGAGCACCCUGAAUCUGAAGGUACCACGCCUGAGGAAAAAGAAGAGACGACUGAAACUGAAGGUACAUCAGCCGGAGAAGAGAAAGAACCAACAGAGCAUCCUGAAACUGAGGGUACUACUACUGGAGAAGAGGAAUCAACUGAAACUGAAGGUGCUACCACUGAAGAAGAAAAAGAAACAACUGAAUCAACAACAGAGCACCCUGAAUCUGAAGGUGCCACGCCAGAAGAAAAAGAAAAGACGACUGAAACAGAAGGUACAUCAGCCGGAGAAGAGAAAGAACCAACAGAGCAUCCUGAAACUGAAGGUACUACUACUGGAGAAGAGGAAUCAACUGAAACUGAAGGUGCUACCACUGAAGAAGAAAAAGAAACAACUGAAGCAACAACAGAGCACCCUGAAUCUGAAGAGCACCCUGAAUCUGAAGGUACCACGCCUGAAGAAAAAGAAGAGACGACUGAAACAGAAGGUACAACAGCUACAGAAGAGAAAGAACCAACAGAGCAUCCUGAAACUGAAGGUACUACUACUGGAGAAGAGGAAUCAACUGAAACUGAAGGUGCUACCACUGAAGAAGAAAAAGAAACAACAGAGCACCCUGAAUCUGAAGGUGCCACGCCUGAAGAAAAAGAAGAGACGACUGAAACAGAAGGUACAACAGCUAGAGAAGAGAAAGAACCAACAGAGCAUCCUGAAACUGAAAGUACUACUACUGGAGAAGAGGAAUCAACUGAAACUGAAGGUGCUACCACUGAAGAAGAAAAAGAAACAACUGAAGCAACAACAGAGCACCCUGAAUCUGAAGGUACCACGCCUGAAGAAAAAGAAGAGACGACUGAAACAGAAGGUACAACAGCUGGAGAAGAGAAAGAACCAACAGAGCAUCCUGAAACUGAAGGUACUACUACUGGAGAAGAGGAAUCAACUGAAACUGAAGGUGAUACCACUGAAGAAGAAAAAGAAACAACUGAAGCAACAACAGAGUACCCUGAAUCUGAAGGUACCACGCCUGAAGAAAAAGAAGAGACGACUGAAACUGAAGGUACAACAGCUGGAGAAGAGAAAGAACCAACAGAGCAUCCUGAAACUGAAGGUACUACUACUGGAGAAGAGGAAUCUACUGAAACUGAAGGUGCUAUUACUGAAGAAGAAAAAGAAACAACUGAAGCAACAACAGAGCACCCUGAAUCUGAAGGUACCACGCCUGAAGAAAAAGAAGAGACGACUGAAACUGAAGGUACAACAGCUGGAGAAGAGAAAGAACCAACAGAGCAUCCUGAAACUGAAGGUACUACUACUGGAGAAGAGGAAUCAACUGAAACUGAAGGUGAUACCACUGAAGAAGAAAAAGAAACAACUGAAGCAACAACAGAGUACCCUGAAUCUGAAGGUACCACGCCUGAAGAAAAAGAAGAGACGACUGAAACUGAAGGUACAACAGCUGGAGAAGAGAAAGAACCAUCAGAGCAUCCUGAAAAUGAAGGUACUACUACUGGAGAAGAGGAAUCAAUUGAAACUGAAGGUGCUACUACUGAAGAAGAAAAAGAAACAACUGAAGCAGCAACAGAGCACCCUGAAUCUGAAGGUACCACGCCUGAAGAAAAAGAAGAGACGACUGAAACUGAAGAGCAUCCUGAAUCUGAAGGUGCCACGCCUGAAGAAAAAGAAGAGACGACUGAAACUGAAGGUACAACAGCUGGAGAAGAGAAAGAACCAACAGAGCAUCCUGAAACUGAAAGUACUACUACUGGAGAAGAGGAAUCAACUGAAACUGAAGGUGCUACCACUGAAGAAGAAAAAGAAACAACAGAGCGCCCAGAAUCUGAAGGGGCUUCAACUGAAGGAGAAAUCGAAACCACUACUAUAG